GCUAUUGCUGAAAAGAGAAAAAGGCAUGAUGGUGACAAAGUACUCUGAAUUUAAAUGGCCUCAUACUCUGAUGAGAGACUAAACUUGGUGAAAUUUUUUAGUUUGAUCAGAUCUACUAGAACCUAUGCUCAGCUGGUAGAAGUUCUAAGAACCCAGAUUAAGUUCUAUACUUGAAGAAACAACAGAGGAAGACUUUGAGAGGAAUGCUUUGUUACCUACUUAAUGCACAUAAUUCAGGAAUAAAUGUAUUGCAUAAAAUUCUGAAAGUACAUCAAGUGGAUUUUGGGUCAAAAAGACUAAAAAAAAAUCUGUAAUAUGGGAUCAAUGCAACCUAACGUUAUGCUUCUAUAAAAUGGUGGCCCUGUUCAGCUAUUAGUGGUGAGAUAUAGGCUCACAGCUACCCAAUUUCAUAUUGAUAGGUGCUGACUUAAGUGCUUUUUUCACUUAUAGACAAAUAUCAAUAUAAUUGCACUACUAUUUUAAAUAUUCAAAACAACGUUUCUCAAAGUUGUUGAGUGACACAAGAAAUAUCACAACAUGCCAUACUUAGAUAUAACAACUGUUGACAGCUUCACCAAUUUUUUUUUUUUUAUCUGAACCUUCAACUUCUUUAUAGAGGAAAUUCUCUACCUAUGCAAAUAUGCAGAUCAGCAAAUCUUCAGCAAUUUUUAGUUUUAAGAGUUGCCUGGGGCACUAAAAGGUUAAGUGCCUAGACCAAGGUCACAAAACCAGCAUGUGUGUGUCAGAGGCAAUACCUUAACCUGUCUUCCUGAUUCUGAGUCUGAUUCUAUAACCAUUAUGUCACAUUCCUCUCCGAGGUAAGCAAUAGAGGCAUAAACUUUAAGCAAGAAUACUCUGUGGGCAAAUGCUUGGGAUGGGAAUCACUUUUUUUUUUUUUUUUGAAGCAGACUGAACUUAAAUUCAAUAGACUAAAAAGAAUGGAAAAAGCUUCUAAUCUACACAAUGGUUACAGUUCAAGUUUUGUAGUCAUACCUCAGUGGAAUUAUGUUGAAUGUAGUGGUCAUUAUUAUUUACAAAAAUACAAGAAGGCCUAGAUAUAUUUAAGAACAUUGUAACUUUAUGCUAGUAUGUUGCCUCUUUUAGAGGCUACAAAAAGUUGGUACUAAAAUUUCAAAUUCCAAUGUUUGUUUUCUAUAUCAAUUUCCAGGAGUAACUACUAUUAUACCUUUCCUCACCAUCAUCAAUCUGAGAAUUUCAUUGGUAGCUAGAAGGUUGCUAAUGUUCAUAAAACAACACAAAAUAUAAUUGAGGUUCAAAUUCUAUUUUUUUGUUAGAAUUGUCUUGCUUUGUGCUUAUUAGGAGCUCCUAGGAGUUACAAUGCUUCAAUUUUAACAACAGGAAGAGAUAGGUAAAACUAAGCUACUUAAGGUGUCGAAGUAGGAAGAAAAGUGGUUUCAUUGGUUUGACAUUUGGGAAGAAUCAGAAAGUCAUGUGGAUGUAACUAUUAUAUUCAGUACUUAAUAUCUUAUAGUUUUACAGCAAUUUUAAGUUUAAGGUCCUUUCCCAUAUAUUACCCCAUUUGAUUCUCAGAGCAACUUGUGAAAUUGAUAGGCACUGACAAAUGCUGUUUCCAUUUUACCUCUCCAGAUAUUACCUUGUAUACACUUAUACAUCUACAAAUUAUCUUUCCCAAAAGAAUGCUCUUCUAGGGCAAGAAGAGCUUCAUUUUUGUUUUGUAUUCCCAAUGCCUAGCACAUGGUGGUUAGUAAAUGAUUAUGUGAGUUAUUUGUAAAAUGAGUAAAAUAACUUCUCUUGUGGUCCAAGAUCACAAAAUUAGUGAGAGGUCUGGUCUAAGGUCUAUUUUUAUUCUAUGAAUAGUAUUCUUCCCUUUACACUAGAUUACAUUUCAAAUAAUAGGGAUAAUUAUCCAAGUUUGGUACUGGUAGCAUUUUCCCUCUUAAUUGAUACAAAGGUACCAAUUUAGGGGUAAGCCACCAUCCUUCAAUCAAAACCCACCAAAACUUCAGCAUGAGAAUAAAUUUAAUUGUGUCCUGUCUUCUACAUGUUACCCCAUCACAGAUUUUGAACUGGAAAUAAUCUUUGAAGUUAUCUUUAUUUUUAUCUCUUUCUCAACUUAAAAUGGUAAUAAAAGCACCAACUUCCCAGAGUUGUAUCACAUAUUUGUAAAGUACUUAGUACAGUGUCUGGCACAUAGUAGGGACUUAAUAAAUAGCAAGACUAUCUCUCUGAAUAGUAUCAUGGGUCAAUCAAAAGGACCCAUCUUGAAUAAAGGGAUAUUGUGUCACUUGAGCAACCACUCCCUGUAUUCUCAUCUCAUCCCCGCCUCCCCUCCCCCCAUUAGUAUCGUUCUAUUGGGUGACAAGUUCACAGGAUCAUAGAUUUAGAGCUGAAAGGGUCCUCUAGUCCCACCCCCUCAUUUUACAAGUUCAAGUUUUAGCGAUCUAGGAUGAAGGCUUAUUAGCUUAGGGUCUAGAGGGGCGUCUACAACUCGAGUCCUGAAUCGGCAGUUAGGCAGGUGGAAGCCGCACCCACAGCCUGGCAAACACCACACCCCUGGGCUCCCCUCAGCCCCAGGGCAGGGGUCGGCGGCCUGACUGCAGGGACUUAAAGACUUCGGUCAUUUAACAGCCCGUCUGAGGCAGAGAAUAAACGUGAGUGACCCAAGGAAAAGCCGGGAUCGACCUCCCUAGUACACGAUAAGCCGCCUUUUUUUUUUUUUUUUUUUUUUUUUUUUUUUUGGUAACCUCUCGUCCUUUCGACCCCCCUCCUACACCCUUGAGGGUGAGGAGCCCCGGGACCUGGAGAACUGUAGGGGCGGGGAACCCCAGCGCUCCUUCCACUCGGGCAGCCGAAGGGUCAAUGUCAAUGUGAAGAGGGCCGGGAGGAAGCUGAUCGGGCUUUGGGAGGGGUAGGGGGCGACGAUGGGCAACCUGCAGGCACGGCGGCCCAGCCAGAAGCCGCCAUCUUACCCUACUCACCCUAACUCCCCCCUCAGCCGAGCUGGCUUCGUGUUUUCCUUCCGGCCGCUGACAGAGAUCCGGGGCUGGGAGGGGUGUGUUGGGGGUGGGGGGUGGGAGUGGGGAGGGGAGGACGGAAGAGGAAAGGGAGGGAGGUGAGCCAGCUAGAGGUGGUGUGGGGUGGGUGGGUGUGUGUAUGUGUGUAUGUAUGUAGAGGUGUGUGUAUGUGUGUGUGUGUAUGUGUAUCGUGUGUGUGGAGAGAGGAGGGAGGGGGAGGGAGAGGGGGGAGGAGGAGGAGGAAGAGGAGGAGGAAUGAGAGUGAGAGUCUCUUCUCUUCGGCUCCUUCGCCUGGUCGGAAAGAGCCGAGCGCAACCCGAGCGCUCUAGUAAAAUGGCGGCGGCGGCGUCGGCGGUGGCCGCGGCGUCUGGUCGGUGAAGUGACUCGACUGCUUCUCUCCCCCAUCCCCCUCCCUCCCUCCCUGUCCCCUCCCCCCUCUAUCCCCCCCUUCCCCGCCGCCGCAGGCGCCUCCGCGCCCCUCCGGCCUGCGCACCUCCCCUCGUCCCCCCCCUCCUCCCCCCCUCACCGCCCCCGCUCCCGGGACAGGCAGUUCCUCGUCCCCUUCACCUCCCCACCCUCUCCAGCUCUCUCCUCCCCCCUCCCCCGCCGGCCGGCCGGCCCCCCUCCUCCUCUCUCCCCUCCCCCCCCCUCCGGUCGGGAUCUGUCCGUGCGAUCCGAAGCGGGGGAGGGGGGGGGGCGGCGGCUGAACGAUGUGCGAGAACUGCGCAGACCUGGUGGAGGUGUUAAAUGAAAUAUCAGACAUUGAAGGUGGUGAUGGACUGCAACUCAGAAAGGAACAUACUCUCAAAAUAUUUGCUUAUAUCAACUCCUGGACACAAAGGCAAUGUCUAUGCUGCUUUAAGGAGUAUAAGCACUUGGAGAUUUUUAACCAAGUAGUAUGUGCUCUCAUUAACUUAGUGAUUGCCCAAGUUCAAGCGCUUCGGGACCAGCUCUGUAAACAUUGCACUAUUAACAUAGAUUCAACAUGGCAAGAUCAGAAUAAUCAAGCUGAGGAGCCAUUGAAUGUAGAAAGAGAGUCUCAUGAAGAAGAAAAUAUAGAAAGACAAAAAUCAGAGAAAAAAUUAGACUCUACAAGGAUUUGUAGCCUGACGGAGGAGGAGUCUACGAAGAGUUCUGAUCCUUUUAAUUUAUGGAGUACAGAUGAGAAGGAAAAACUCUUGCUAUGUGUGGCAAAAAUCUUUCAGAUUCAGUUUCCCUUAUAUACUGCUUACAAGCAUAACACUCAUCCUACAAUAGAGGAUAUUUCAGCUCAAGAAAGCAAUAUAUUAGGGGCGUUCUGUGAUAUGAAUGAUGUAGAAGUACCAUUGCACUUGCUUCGUUAUGUUUGUUUGUUUUGUGGAAAAAAUGGCCUUUCCCUCAUGAAGGAUUGCUUUGAAUAUGGAACUCCCGAAACUUUGCCGUUUCUCAUAGCACAUGCAUUUAUUACAGUUGUAUCUAAUAUUAGAAUAUGGCUGCAUAUACCUGCUGUCAUGCAGCAUAUUAUUCCAUUUAGGACCUAUGUUAUCAGGUAUUUAUGCAAACUUUCUGACCAGGACUUAAGACAAAGUGCUGCUAGAAACAUGGCUGAUUUAAUGUGGAGCACAGUGAAAGAACCAUUGGAUACAGCCUUAUGCUUUGAUAAAGAAAGCCUUGAUCUUGCAUUUAAAUACUUUAUGUCACCCACAUUGACUAUGAGGUUGGCUGGACUAAGUCAGAUAACAAAUCAGCUUCACACCUUCAAUGAUGUGUGCAAUAAUGAAUCUUUAGUUUCAGACACAGAAACGUCAAUUGCAAAAGAGCUUGCAGACUGGCUUAUUAGCAACAAUGUUGUUGAGCAUAUAUUUGGACCAAAUUUACAUAUUGAGAUUAUCAAACAGUGCCAAGUGAUUUUGAAUUUUCUGGCAGCAGAAGGACGGCUAAGUACUCAGCACAUAGAUUGCAUUUGGGCUGCAGCACAGUUGAAACAUUGUAGUCGGUACAUACAUGACUUGUUUCCUUCGCUCAUCAAGAACUUAGAUCCUGUUCCACUUAGACAUCUCCUCAAUCUGGUUUCAGCUCUUCAUCCAAGUGGUCAUACUGAACAAACCUUAUAUUUGGCAUCUAUGCUUAUUAAAGCAUUAUGGAAUAAUGCAUUAGCAGCUAAGGCCCAACUUUCAAAACAGAGUUCUUUUGCAUCUUUACUCAAUACUAACCUCCCUAUGGGAAAUAAGAAAGAGGAAGAAGAGCUCAGAAGAGCAGCCCCGUCGCCUUGGUCACCUGCAGCUAGUCCUCAAAGCAGUGAUAACAGUGAUACACAUCAAAGUGGAGGCAGUGAUAUUGAAAUGGAUGAGCAACUUAUUAACAGAACUAAACAUGUGCAGCAGCGACUUUCUGACACAGAGGAAUCCUUACAGGGAAGUUCUGAUGAAACUGCUAAUAGUGGUGAGGAUGGAAGUAGUGGCCCUGGCAGCAGCAGUGGGCACAGUGAUGGGUCUAGCAAUGAGGUCAAUUCUAGCCAUGCUAGCCAGUCAGCUGGAAGCCCUGGAAGUGAAGUACACUCAGAGGAUAUUGCGGACAUGGAAGCUCUCAAAGAAGAAGAGGAAGAAGAUGACCAUGGCCAUGAUCCCUCCAAAAGCAGUCAUGGUACAGAUCUUCGAAACAGAAAGCUUGAAUCACAGGCUGGGAUUUGUCUGGCAGACUCACAGGGCCCUCCAGAGAGAGGCAGCACAAACAAUGGAACAGGAAAGGACCUUGUUUUUAACAGUGACUCGGUACCAUCAGUUGAUAAUCGAAUCAGAAUGUUAGAUACCUGUGCACGUCCUGAAGAUACAGAACAUGAUAUGGCAGGAGAAAUGAGCACUGCACAUAUAUCACAAGCAUCUCAGGAUUCUUGUAUCACACGUACUGGGGACUUUCUUGGAGAAGCUAUUGGGAAUGAAUUAUUUAAUUGUCGACAGUUUAUUGGGCCACAGCAUCACCAUCACCACCACCAUCACCACCACCACCAUCAUCAUCACCACCACCACCACCACCAUGAUGGGCAUAUGGUUGAUGACAUGCUAAGUGCAGAUGACGUCAGUUGCAGUAGUUCCCAGGUCAGUGCAAAAUCAGAAAAAAAUAUGGCUGAUUUUGAUGGUGAAGAAUCUGGAUGUGAAGAGGAAUUAGUACAGAUUAAUUCACAUGCAGAAUUAACAUCUCAUCUCCAACAGCAUCUUCCUAAUUUAGCAUCUAUCUACCAUGAACAUCUUAGUCAAGGCCCAGCUGUUCAUAAACAUCAGUACAAUAGCAACGCUGUUACAGACAUUAAUUUGGAUAAUGUUUGCAAGAAAGGAAAUACUUUGUUAUGGGAUUUAGUCCAAGAUGAAGAUGCAAUUCAUCUCUCAGAAGGGUUAAUAAAUGAGGCAGAGAAACUUCUUUGCUCUUUAGUGUGCUGGUUUACAGAUCGACAGAUUCGAAUGAGAUUCAUUGAAGGCUGUCUAGAAAAUUUAGCAAACAACAGAUCUGUAGUAGUCUCACUUCGUCUUCUUCCAAAAUUGUUUGGUACUUUCCAGCAAUUUGGGAGCAGUUAUGAUACACAUUGGAUUACAAUGUGGGCAGAAAAAGAACUAAACAUGAUGAAGCUUUUCUUUGAUAAUUUGGUAUACUACAUUCAAGCUGUAAGAGAAGGGAGACAUAAACAUGCUCUGUAUAGUCACAGUGCUGAGGUUCAAGUUCGACUUCAAUUCUUGACAUGUGUUUUUUCCACUCUUGGAUCACCAGAUCAUUUUAGGCUAAGUUUAGAACAAGUCGACAUUUUGUGGCACUGCUUAGUGGAAGAUUCUGAGUGUUAUGAUGAUGCACUUCACUGGUUUUUAAAUCAAGUUCGGAGUAAAGAUCAACAUGCAAUGGGAAUGGAAACUUACAAACAUCUUUUUCUAGAAAAGAUGCCACAGCUAAAACCUGAAACUAUUAGUAUGACUGGUUUAAACCUGUUUCAGCAUCUUUGCAACUUGGCACGACUGGCUACUAGUGCAUAUGAUGGUGGCUCCAACUCUGAGUUAUGUGGUAUGGACCAAUUCUGGGGCAUUGCUUUAAGAGCACAGUCUGGUGAUGUUAGUCGGGCAGCUAUUCAGUAUAUCAACUCCUAUUAUAUUAAUGGUAAAACAGGAUUGGAAAAAGAACAAGAAUUUAUUAGUAAGUGUAUGGAAAGCCUUAUGAUAGCCUCCAGUAAUCUUGAACAAGAAUCACACUCAAGUCUUACCAUUAUUGAAAGAGGACUUCUUAUGCUGAAGACACAUCUGGAAGCAUUCAGAAGAAGAUUUGCUUAUCAUCUGCGACAGUGGCAAAUUGAAGGCACUGGUAUUAGUAGUCAUUUAAAAGCCCUUAGUGACAAACAAUCAUUACCACUAAGAAUUGUAUGUCAGCCAGCUGGCCUUCCUGACAAGAUGACUAUUGAAAUGUAUCCUAGUGACCAGGUAGCAGAUCUUAGAGCAGAAGUAACUCAUUGGUAUGAAAAUUUACAGAAAGAGCAGAUAAGUCAACAAGCACAGCUUCAAGAAUUUGGUCAAAGCAGCAGAAAGGGAGAAUUUCCUGGUGGUCUCAUGGGGCCUGUUAGGAUGAUUUCAUCUGGGCAUGAACUAACAACAGACUACGAUGAAAAAACACUUCAUGAACUGGGAUUUAAGGAUAUGCAGAUGGUCUUUGUAUCUCUGGGAGCACCCAGACGAGAAAGGAAAGGGGAAGGUGUUCAGUUACCAGCUUCUUGCCUCCCACCUCCUCAGAAGGAUAACAUUCCAAUGCUUUUGCUUUUACAAGAGCCUCAUCUUACCACUCUGUUUGAUUUAUUAGAAAUGCUUGCAUCAUUUAAACCUCCUUCUGGAGAAGUGACAAUGGAAGAUAUUGAGAGUGCAAGAUGUGAAGAACUUCACCUUCACGCAGAAAAUCUAUCCAGACGUGUCUGGGAGUUGCUAAUGCUUCUUCCUACAUGUCCUAAUAUGCUACAGGCAUUCCAAACAAUUUCAGAUGAUCAGGGUAAUGAUGGGCUUAAUUGGAAAGAACUUCUAAGAAUAAAGAGUGCUCACAAAUUGUUAUAUGCACUUGAAAUCAUUGAAGCAUUGGGUAAACCUAACAGAAGAAUAAGGAGAGAGUCUACGGGAAGUUACAGUGAUCUUUAUCCAGACUCUGAUGAUUCAAGUGAAGAUCAAAUAGAAAACAGCAAAAAUACCUGGAGCUGCAAGUUUGUUGCUGCUGGAGGACUUCAACAAUUAUUAGAAAUCUUUAAUUCUGGAAUUCUAGAGCCUAAAGAGCAGGAAUCUUGGACUGUGUGGCAGCUAGAUUGUCUUGCUUGCUUGCUGAAGUUAAUAUGCCAGUUUGCAGUAGAUCCAUCAGAUUUGGAUUUAGCUUUUCAUGAUGUCUUUGCCUGGGCUGGUGUAGCAGAAAGUCACAGGAAAAGAACUUGGCCUGGUAAAUCAAGGAAAGUAACUGGAGAUCACACCAAGGGUCUUCAUAUUCCCCGAUUAACAGAGGUAUUUCUUGUUCUUGUGCAAGGAACCUGUUUGAUUCAGCGGCUUAUGUCUGUUGCUUAUACUUAUGAUAACUUGGCACCUAGAGUCUUGAAAGCACAAUCUGACCACAGGUCAAGACAUGAAGUUACACAUUAUUCAAUGUGGCUCUUAGUCAGUUGGGCUCAUUGCUGUUCUUUAGUAAAAUCCAGCCUUGCCGACAGUGAUCAUUUACAAGAUUGGCUGAGGAAACUGACUCUUCUUAUUCCUGAGACGGCUGUUCGUCAUGAAUCUUGCAAUGGUUUAUACAAGUUAUCUUUAUCUGGACUGGAUGGUGGGGAUUCAAUUAAUAGAUCUUUUCUUUUACUUGCUGCCUCAACAUUAUUGAAAUUUCUUCCUGAUGCUCAGGCUUUAAAGCCCAUUAAGAUAGAGGAUUAUGAAGAAGAACCAGUGCUAAUACCUGGAUGUAAAGAAUACUUUUGGUUAUUAUGCAAAUUAAUUGACAACAUACAUGUAAAAGAUGCUAGUCAGACAACUUUACUGGACUUAGAUGCGUUGGCAAGACAUCUGGCUGACUGUAUUCGAAGCAGAGAAAUCCUUGAUCAUCAGGAUGGUAAUAUAGAAGAUGAUGGGCUUACAGGACUCUUAAGACUUGCAACAAGUGUUAUUAAACACAAACCACCUUUUAAGUUUUCACGGGAAGGACAGGAAUUUCUAAGAGACAUCUUCAAUCUGCUCUUCUUGCUUCCAAGCUUAAAAGAUCGACAACAGCCAAAGUGCAAAUCUCAUUCUUCAAGAGCUGCUGCUUAUGAUUUAUUAGUAGAAAUGGUAAAAGGGUCAGUUGAGAAUUACAGGCUUCUACACAACUGGGUAAUGGCCCAGCAUAUGCAAUCAUCCCAUUCCCCUUACAAGUGGGACUAUUGGCCUCAUGAUGAUGUUCGAGCAGAGUGUAGAUUUGUUGGCUUAACUAAUCUUGGAGCCACUUGUUAUUUAGCUUCUACUAUUCAGCAACUCUAUAUGAUACCUGAGGCUAGACAAGCCAUUUUUACUGCCAAGUAUUCAGAAGAUAUAAAGCAUAAGACCACACUUCUGGAACUUCAGAAAAUGUUUACAUAUUUAAUGGAAAGUGAAUGCAAAGCUUAUAAUCCUAGACCUUUCUGUAAAACUUAUACUAUGGAUAAACAACCACUGAAUACUGGUGAACAAAAAGACAUGACAGAAUUCUUCACUGAUUUGAUAACAAAAAUUGAAGAAAUGUCUCCAGAACUGAAAAAUACAGUGAAAAGUUUGUUUGGUGGUGUCAUUACAAACAACGUUGUUUCUUUGGAUUGUGAACAUGUCAGUCAGACUGCUGAAGAAUUCUAUACUGUGAGAUGCCAGGUGGCUGAUAUGAAGAACAUUUAUGAAUCUCUUGAUGAAGUAACUAUUAAAGAUACAUUAGAAGGUGACAACAUGUAUACUUGUUCUCAUUGUGGAAAGAAAGUAAGAGCUGAAAAAAGGGCAUGUUUUAAGAAAUUACCUCGCAUCUUGAGUUUCAAUACAAUGAGAUAUACUUUUAAUAUGGUUACCAUGAUGAAGGAGAAAGUAAAUACACAUUUUUCAUUCCCUUUACGUUUGGAUAUGACUCCUUAUACGGAAGAUUUUCUUAUGGGGAAGUGUGACAGAAAAGAAGGUUUUAAGGAGGAAGUUGAUCUUGGGAAAGAAACUGAGAGUUAUGAGUAUGAUUUGAUUGGAGUGACGGUUCACACAGGAACAGCUGAUGGUGGUCAUUAUUACAGCUUCAUUAGAGAUAUAGUGAAUCCACAUGCUUAUAAAAACAACAAAUGGUAUCUCUUUAAUGAUGCUGAAGUAAAGCCUUUUGAUUCUGCCCAACUUGCUUCUGAAUGUUUUGGUGGGGAAAUGACAACCAAGACCUAUGAUUCUGUUACAGAUAAGUUUAUGGAUUUCUCCUUUGAAAAGACACACAGUGCAUACAUGCUAUUUUAUAAGCGGAUGGAACUGGAGGAAGAAAAUGGCAAAGACCUCAAAUUUGAUGUUUCAUCAGAAUUGUUAGAGUGGAUUUGGCAUGAUAACAUGCAAUUUCUUCAAGAUAAGAACAUUUUUGAGCACACAUAUUUUGGGUUUAUGUGGCAGUUAUGUAGUAGUAUUCCAAGUACAUUGCCUGAUCCAAAAGCUGUGUCCCUAAUGACGGCAAAGCUAAGUACUUCUUUUGUCCUGGAGACAUUUAUUCACUCCAAAGAAAAGCCAACAAUGCUUCAGUGGAUUGAAUUAUUGACCAAGCAGUUCAAUAAUAGCCAGGCGGCUUGUGAGUGGUUUUUAGACCGAAUGGCUGAUGAUGAUUGGUGGCCAAUGCAAAUCUUAAUAAAGUGUCCUAAUCAGAUUGUGAGACAGAUGUUUCAGCGUUUGUGUAUUCAUGUGAUUCAGAGACUUAGACCUGUACAUGCUCAUCUCUAUUUACAGCCAGGAAUGGAAGAUGGGUCAGAUGAUAUGGAUGGUCCUGUGGAAGAUAUAGGAAGCCGUUCCUGUGUCACUAGAUUUGUGAAGACCUUGUUAUCGAUUAUGGAACAUGGUGUGAAGCCUCAUAGUAAACAUCUCACUGAGUACUUCGCCUUCCUUUAUGAAUUCGCAAAAAUGGGUGAAGAAGAGAGCCAAUUUUUGCUUUCAUUGCAAGCUAUUUCAACAAUGGUACAUUUCUACAUGGGAACCAAAGGGCCUGAAAAUCCUCAAGUUGAAGUGCUAUCAGAAGAAGAAGGAGAAGAGGAAGAAGAAGAAGAAGACAUACUGUCUUUAGCAGAAGAAAAAUACAGGCCUGCUGCACUUGAAAAGAUGAUAGCUUUAGUUGCUCUUUUGGUUGAACAGUCUCGCUCAGAAAGGCAUUUAACAUUGUCUCAGAAUGACAUGGCAGCAUUAACAGGUGGAAAGGGAUUUCCCUUCUUGUUUCAACAUAUUCGCGAUGGAAUCAAUAUAAGACAAACCUGUAAUCUGAUUUUCAGCCUUUGUCGAUAUAAUAAUCGACUUGCAGAACACAUUAUUUCCAUGCUUUUCACAUCCAUAGCAAAGCUGACACCUGAGGCUGCCAACCCUUUCUUUAAAUUAUUAACUAUGUUAAUGGAGUUUGCUGGUGGGCCUCCAGGAAUGCCACCAUUUGCAUCUUAUAUUCUUCAACGGAUAUGGGAGGUGAUUGAAUAUAACCCUUCUCAAUGUCUUGAUUGGUUGGCAGUACAGACACCCCGCAAUAAAUUGGCACAUAGUUGGGUGCUCCAGAAUAUGGAAAAUUGGGUUGAGCGUUUUCUUUUGGCACAUAAUUAUCCUCGAGUCAGAACUUCUGCAGCUUAUCUUCUGGUAUCUUUAAUUCCAAGCAAUUCAUUCCGUCAAAUGUUCCGCUCAACAAGGUCUUUGCACAUCCCGACACGUGACUUACCACUCAGUCCAGAUACCACAGUAGUUCUGCAUCAGGUCUACAAUGUACUUCUUGGUUUACUUUCCAGAGCCAAACUUUAUGUUGAUGCUGCUGUUCAUGGCACCACCAAGUUGGUUCCCUAUUUUAGUUUCAUGACAUAUUGUCUCAUUUCCAAAACAGAGAAGCUUAUGUUUUCCACAUAUUUCAUGGACUUGUGGAAUCUUUUCCAACCUAAACUCUCUGAGCCAGCAAUAGCCACCAACCACAAUAAGCAAGCUUUGCUUUCUUUUUGGUACAAUGUAUGUGUUGACUGUCCAGAGAACGUCCGCCUUAUUGUGCAGAACCCAGUGGUAACCAAGAACAUUGCCUUCAAUUACAUCCUUGCUGACCAUGAUGAUCAGGAUGUGGUGCUUUUUAACCGUGGGAUGCUGCCUGCCUACUAUGGCAUUUUGAGGCUCUGCUGUGAGCAAUCGCCUGCAUUUACCAGACAGCUAGCAUCUCAUCAGAAUAUUCAGUGGGCCUUUAAGAAUCUUACACCACAUGCUAGCCAGUACCCUGGAGCAGUGGAAGAACUGUUUAAUUUGAUGCAAUUGUUUGUAGCUCAGAGGCCAGAUAUGAGAGAGGAGGAGUUAGAAGAUAUUAAACAAUUUAAGAAAACUACUAUCAGUUGUUAUUUACGUUGCUUGGAUGGCCGCUCCUGCUGGACAACCUUAAUAAGUGCCUUCAGAAUACUAUUAGAAUCUGAUGAAGAUAGACUUCUUGUUAUAUUUAAUCGAGGAUUAAUCUUGAUGACAGAGUCAUUCAACACAUUACACAUGAUGUAUCAUGAAGCCACUGCAUGCCAUGUGACUGGAGACUUAGUAGAACUUUUGUCCAUAUUCCUUUCAGUUCUGAAGUCUACUCGCCCUUAUCUUCAGAGAAAAGAUGUGAAACAAGCAUUAAUUCAGUGGCAGGAACGAAUUGAAUUUGCCCAUAAGCUCUUAACUCUGCUUAAUUCAUAUAGUCCUCCAGAACUUAGAAAUGCAUGCAUAGAUGUCCUUAAGGAACUUGUGCUUCUGAGUCCUCAUGAUUUCCUGCAUACUCUAGUUCCAUUUCUACAGCACAACCAUUGCACAUAUCAUCACAGUAAUAUUCCAAUGUCCCUUGGACCUUAUUUCCCGUGUCGUGAAAAUCUCAAACUAAUGGGAGGGAAAAGCAAUAUCCGUCCACCACGUCCUGAACUCAAUAUGUGCCUCUUGCCCACGAUGGUAGAAACCAACAAGGGCAAAGAUGACGUUUAUGAUCGUAUGCUGCUAGACUACUUCUUUUCUUAUCAUCAAUUCAUCCAUCUAUUAUGCCGAGUUGCAAUCAACUGUGAAAAAUUUACUGAAACAUUAGUUAAGCUGAGUGUCCUAGUUGCCUAUGAAGGUUUGCCACUUCAUCUUGCACUCUUCCCCAAACUUUGGACUGAGCUAUGCCAGACUCAGUCUGCUAUGUCAAAAAACUGCAUUAAGCUUUUAUGUGAAGAUCCCGUUUUCGCAGAGUAUAUUAAAUGUAUCCUAAUGGAUGAAAGGACCUUCCUUAAUAACAACUUUGUAUAUACAUUCUUGACCCACUUCCUCUUAAAGGUUCAAGGUCAGGUGUUUUCUGAAGCAAAUUGUGCCAAUCUGAUUAGCACUCUUAUUACAAACUUAAUAAAUCAGUAUCAGAGCUUACAAUCUGAUUUCACCAACCGAGUUGAAAUUUCCAAAGCAAGUUCUUCCUUAAAUGGGGACCUUCGAGCACUUGCUUUGCUCCUUUCGGUGCACACUCCCAAACAGCUGAACCCAGCUCUGAUCCCAACUCUUCAAGAGCUUUUAAGCAAGUGCAGGACUUGUCAACAACAAAGAAAUUCACUCCAAGAACAAGAAACCAAAGAAAGGAAAACUAAAGAUGAUGAAGAGGCAACUCCUGUUAAAAGAAGACGUGUUAGCAGUGAUGAGGAACAUACUGUAGACAGCUGCAUCAGUGACAUGAAAACUGAACCAAGGGAGGUAUUGACUCCAACUAGCACUUCAGAUAACGAGACGAGAGACUCUUCAAUUAUUGAUCCAGGCACUGAGCAAGAUCUUCCCUCCCCUGAAAAUAGUUCUGUCAAAGAGUACAGAAUGGAAGUUCCAUCUUCAUUUUCAGAAGACAUUUCAAAUAUCAGGUCACAGCAUAUGGAAGAUCAGUCCAGCAGUGGCAAGUUUGAAGAAGUCUGUCGAGAGUUUAAAGACCCCCAGAGUUCCAAGGAUUCUAACAUAACUGAGGAGGAACCUGAGUUCCCUUCCACAUCAAUUUCUGCAGUUUUGUCAGACUUAACCGACUUAAGAAACUGCGAUGGCCAAGCUUUGUCCUCCCAGGAUCCUGAGACUAGUUUAUCACUCAGUUGUGGCCAUUCCAGAGGACUCUUUAGUCACAUGCAGCAACAUGACAUUUUAGACACCCUGUGUAGGACCAUUGAAUCUACGAUUCUUGUGGUCACAAGGAUAGCUGGCAAAGGAAACCAAGCUGCUUCUUGACAUUAGAUGUAGCAUGUCUGCUUUUAAGUCUUUUUUUCCAAGAUGCUGUUUGUAUAAGUUUUGCUUAUUUCUGUUUUGUGCUUCAGUUUGUCCAGUGCUCUCUGCUUGAAUGGCAAGAUAGAUUUAUAGGCUUAAUUCUUGGUCAGGCAGAACUCCAGAUGAGAAAUUUUGCAUCUCCAGUACACUUUUCUUAAGGGCAAUCAGAUAAUGGAUAUGUUUUAUGUAAUUAAGAGUUCACUGUAGUGGCUUUCAUUUAAUAUGGCUGUCUGGGAGAACAGGGUUUCGUGGCCCUGUACAAUGUAAUUUAAACUUAUGGCAUUUUUACUGUGUAUAAUAUGGUGUCCUCUGUGCCAGUUUUGUACCUUAUAAUAGAGGCAGAUUGCCUCAGAUCGCUGUGGUUCUUAUUAUCAAAAUUAAGUUUACUUGUAUACGAAACAACCACAAGAAAUUUGAUUCUGUAAAGAAUCCUCUUUAGCUGUGGCCUGGCAGUAUAUAUAUGGUGCUUUAUUUAACAGAAUACCUGUGGAGGAAAUAAAGCACACUUGAUGUAAAAAUAAUUGUUUUAUUUUUAUUGACAUGACCGAUGCUAUUCUGUGCACUUCAUUAAACUGAUUGUGAUGACUUUUCA